AUGUCCUAUCAUGGUGUAGCUACGUCGUCCUCAGCGACGACGGCAACGACCACUGAAACCAGUAAUUCUACGACGAUUACUCUGUCCAUACCAGAUAACAAUGAGGAUGAACAACAUAAUGUCCAUUGGGCUGAAGGUACUGUAGACAACGAGCACUUGAACCGGCGGAAGACUAAGAAAUGCUGCAUUUAUCGCAAACCACGGGCAUUUGGCGAAUCCUCAUCAUCGUCAUCAUCAUCAUCUUCGUCCUCUUCUGAUGAGGGAGAGGGUAGUGGUGAUGAUGAUGCUAGUAAGAAGAAAGAAUGCGGCCAGCAUAGACGCCACCAUAAAUCCAGCAAGCGGAGCGCUAAGGGUAAACCGCCAUCAAAGAACCAGCGUAUUGGUGAUAAGCCUUCCGAUGCGACCGGAGCCUCCAACGAUUCUGAGGUCGACUAG